UGGGCGGUAGCAGGGACGGCCCGAGGCCUGACCCUGGCGGGAAGGGGGGCGGGGUGCCAGGCUCUGACCCCAACCGCGACCCCUGACCCCAGCACCUACCCCGGGGGGGGGGAGGGCAGUGACCCCUGACCCAGCCCCAAACCCUGACCCCCUCCAGGCACCUUCCCCCAGACCUGACCAUGACCCUGGCGGAGGCCUCAAUCCCCGACCCUCGACCCAUGACCCAGACCUGACUAGAGUUGCCGGUUUUGAUUGGCUGUAUUCCCGGGGAGUUCAUCCCAUCUCAGAACCUUUAAGGCUCCGUCUUUAAUUCCUGGCGACUCCCGGCCCAUCCGGGAGGGUUGGCAACUCUGGUCCCGACCCUGGCACUUACCCUGGCCCCCUAACUCUGGCAGGGGGCGUCAAUCCCUGACCUGGGCAGAGAGCACUGGGCCCUGACUCGUGGGCUGCAGUGGGGGAGCCAGCCCUAGCCCUAUUGCUAGGAGCCCUGAACUGUGUAAGGCACCCCAGAGCCCUCUGGGAAAUAGGGUCUCUCAGCUCCUGCCAUGCUGACCUUUCCCCCCCAUCCCCAUUUAGCCAUAAAGAAAGUCUCCUGAACUUGUCCAUGACUUCGGGGGGGUCACAAACACCAGGCUGGGAGAGUCUGUGUCAUCCAGUAUUUCCCCAUGGCAGAUAAGCCUGUACAAGCGAUUGGCUCCUGGCACCAGCCAAACAUCAGUGUAGGACAACCCCUCCCCCCCUGGCCACAUGUUACUGACUUAUGCCCAGGGGACCCUAUCCCAAUGUUUUCCCUUGGGGCACCUCAACCGUAACCCCAAGGAAUGGGCCGCAUUGAGUGGGCUAGCAAGAUAAAUGCUGUGCAGUGCUGAGCUCAAGCCCUGCUACCUUGAGCCCCUGCACUUGAGAGCUCUUUGGUGCGUAACCACGGGACUAUGAACUCUUCAUAACCAGGCCGCUGGGUGAGACUGGUCCCUGCUGGUGUCUGUUCUGGACUCUCCCCAGGAAUCGCUCCAGGCUGGGUUCUGAAGGAUGGAGUCCCCGGAGGCAGCCCAGGCCCCUGAGGGGAGGAAGAGAUUCACCGUGCAGUCACAGGACCCUGAACAUACCAUGGUGAGACCCAUCUUCAAAUCUUCUUGCUCUGCAGCAGAGCCCAGGGCCUCUGCCCUGCCUGGGGCCACCUCCUAUGCCGAAUACGUCGUCACACAGAUCUCUGUGCCCUCGGCCUCCAUGCCAGUCUCCCCGCCUGCCAGGGUGACAGCUGCAUCAUCGCGGUCCAGAGCAGGAACUGCCUCAGGAGUGCUCCCUCCAGGCAGUGAGGCCAGCACUGUACCCCCUGCUGCCAGUGGGGACUCGGACCCCAGCCCCAUGCUGAAACCGGGGGCCAAGAGCAACUGCAUCAUCGUCAGCGCUCGCCAGCGGGGGAACCCCAUCCUGAAAUUUGUGCGCAACAUUCCCUGGGAGUUUGGCGAGAUCAUCCCUGACUAUGUGCUGGGCCAGAGCACGUGUGCCCUCUUCCUGAGCCUGCGGUACCACAACCUGAACCCCAAAUACAUCCAUGAGCGGCUGCAGCUCCUGGGGAAGAUGUACGCAGUGCAGGUGCUGCUGGUGCAGGUCGAUGUGAAGGACCCACAGCAGUCACUGAAAGAACUGGCCAAGCUGUGCAUCCUGGCCGACUGCACCCUCAUCCUGGCCUGGAGCCCCGAAGAAGCUGGUCGCUACCUGGAAACGUACAAAGCCUAUGAGCAGAAACCAGCUGACCUGCUCAAGGAGAAGGUGGAUCAGGACUUCCUGUCCAUAGUGACAGAUUGUCUCACCAGCGUGAAGUCAGUUAACAAGACGGACACGCUGAGCCUUCUCUCAACAUUUGGGUCUCUAGCAAACAUUGCACAAGCAUCCAAGGAGGAUCUCUCCCUCUGCCCAGGCAUCGGCCCCCAGAAGGCCAAGAGGCUCUUUGACACCCUCCAUGAGCCCUUUCUGAAGAUCCCCAAAUGCGGAGAGCCACUCCCCCACAGCACUGCCAGCAGCACAGACAAGCAGGAAUAAACAACCCCCCUUGCCCAGAAGGCAACGUGUCCCUGCCAGCACGCUGUAUGCUGUCUGCCAGGAAGCCAGGGCCUCGGGGGAUUCUUAGCAGCACAAGGAACCAAAGCCCAGCUGUUUCUGCGAGUCUGGACUUUGACAAUAAAGCCGCAGUUUGGCCUGGCCACCAAACAGCA